UAUACACACAGUGUCUACUAGUGUCUACUAUAUCUAGCGAAUAGCACAGAUUAAAAAAUCACACAUGAAACUGGCAACGUGUAGAAAUGUGAAGUGUGAAUUGUUAACAAAACAGAAUUUAGUGAAUUCAAAUUACAAAUAAAUUUGUAAACUCAAUGGAAGAAGAAUAAAAAAUGAUGGAAAUAUUUAAAAGUAAAAAAUAAAUGUUUAAGAUGGAGAUUGAUGAGAUUUAUCAUGAGAUUGGGGAAUCUGGAAAACAGCAAAUAAAAUAUGGUGCUGUGCUGUUUCUCCUCAAGGUAUACACUCCUUUUAUCAUCCUGCAGUACACAUUUGUAGCCAGGCCUACACAAUUUCAGUGCUACAGAGGUGAAGAAGUUCUUGAAAAUCAUUGUUUUGAGAACAAAGUGUCAGUUUGUACAAACCUAACUUAUUCAGAGAGAACUAUUGUAGCUGAGUGGGAUCUCGUUUGUGACAGGAACUGGAUGGGGAAAGCUACAAUGUCCACCUUAAUGUUAGGAUUCCUAAUUGGUGCCAUAGUUUUGGGUGCUCUAGCUGAUAAAAUAGGAAGAAAAUCUAGUUUACUGAUUACUCUUUGUGGAGUCCUAGUCUGUAAUGGUAUCUCAGCAAUCACCACGGAAUACAGUGUUUAUGUUUUUGCAAGAUUCAUGGUUUUUUUCAAUAUUAAAAUUCUCCUGUUUCAGAUUCAUGGUUGGGUUUUCAAUAUUAAAAUACAGUGUUGA